AUGGCAGGCAAGGCCUCGAUCGCGCUGUUCCUCGCCGUCAACAUGGUCGUGUUCGCCAUGGCCAGCGCCUGCGGCGGCCACUGCCCCUCUUCGACGCCGGCGUCGUUCGGCAAGUGCCCCCGCGACGCGCUGAAGCUGGGUGUGUGCGCCAACGUGCUGGGCCUCAUCAAGGCCAAGGUCGGUGUGCCACCCACCGAGCCCUGCUGCCCGCUGCUGGAAGGUCUCGUCGACCUCGAGGCCGCCGUGUGCCUCUGCACCGCCAUCAAGGGCAACAUCCUCGGCAUCAACCUCAACCUGCCAAUUGACGUCAGCCUCAGCCUCAUCCUCAACCACUGCGGCAAGACCGUGCCCACCGGAUUCAAGUGCCUCUAAGCAUUUGCAAUGUGUCUGGCAUGAGCCGAGCAUAUGCAUAUGCCAACAUUCUUUUGCUUAUUAUUCGCGUGCGUGCCGGUUUGAUCAGCUUUCGCUUUUCCGUUUUUCCUGAUGUGCCAAGUCCCUGCGUGGACGUG